AUGAAGACUCACACACAUUUUGCAAGUUCUCUCGUGCUUGCAAGCUUGGAUAUAGCGCUUGGCCAGGCAUCAAGGCGAUACUGCGACACAGCCAGCUCCAUAUGUUACUCAGGGUGGACGGGUGGGAACGGAGUGACAAUCGGGGUCGCUCUGCCCAACACGACUUCGCCAAAUUUUGACACCGUGCUACAGAUCGUUUCGCCAAUCGCGAACGGAUGGGUUGGUUUCUCGUGGGGCGGAACAAUGCCUUACGUGCCUCUCACCCUUGGAUGGGUCAACAAGGCUGCGAAUACUGUGAUUUAUUCAUCAAGAAUGGCUUUUGGACUCAGUAUGCCGCAAGCGUAUGCUGGUGCAGAGUACACAUACCUGAAGGGAACCGGCUACAAUGAUACACACUGGACAUUGAAUGUGCGAUGUCGAGGCUGCUCCCAAUGGCAGGAUACGGAGGGAAAGACAGUGUCUUUGGACUCUAGCAACGCUGCAUCACCUUUCGCGCAUGGUCUGACUAACAAAACACCCAUUCAGCCGGCGAAGAACACUUCAGUAUUCAAUGUGCAUUCGUCUUUCGGCCACUGGACACUGGAUCUUACUCAAGGGAAGAACGUUAACUUCGAGAAACUCGUUGCAGCGAACCUCAUACCGGACGCACCGCCAGCGACUACAAGUACUUCAGCGCCCAGCCCACCAACAAGCUCGCGUACGAGUACAUUAAGCACGAGUGUGACUUCGUCACCCACACCUGGUCCCGUCCAGACAGGGGUUCCAAGCUCAUGCGCUGGGGUUUCGAACUUUCAUUCUCCGGUUUUGACCGCCAAUGGAUGGAAAGCUGUCAAAGUUGCGGGAAAUCUCGUGCAACCAAGAGGUCUAAUUUUUGACACUGCAGGUCGUCUCCUUUUGAUACAGAAUGGCUUAGGGAUCACCGCGCAUACGAUUGGUAAUGAUGGCUGCUUUACUUCCGAAAAGACUGUCAUCACCCAGCGGAACCUCAACCACGGUAUCGUGCUUAGCCAAGAUGGAAAGACCCUUUAUGCGAGCUCAGCCACCCAGGUCUACGCUUGGGACUACGAUGUCGCAACCAACAGCGUGGGAAACUCGUCGCGCAUAAUCAUCUCCGGCAUGGAUAGCAAGGGUCAUGUGACGCGGACGCUGGCGUUCCCACCAAAACAUCCUAACUUACUCAUUGUCUCGCACGGUUCCAACGACAAUUUCGACUAUGACGCAGGUAAUAUCAAAGUUGGUCGUUCUUGUAUUAAAGCUUUCGACGUGACGAAGACUCCCGCGGAUGGCUACAACUACGCUAGUGGUGGAUAUCAGUUGGGAUACGGAUUGCGCAAUGGCGUCGGAUUAGCCUUCGAUGGCAAUGGAGGGCUCUGGGAAGUCGAAAACGCGUCCGAUGAGAUCACCAGAACAAUCGAUGGUACGAGUGUCGAUAUCCAUGCCGACAACCCAGCUGAUGAGAUUAACUACAUUGGUGAUCCUUCCAAAGAGAACACCCAGUGGUACGGGUACCCUACCUGCUACACAGUCUGGGCUCCUGAUCUCAUUACGGACCACAAAUUCACGGUUGGCGACCAAUUUGUACUCACACCUAAUGCUACAUUCGCGGAUGCAACAUGCAAUACCAAAAGUAUACCCGCAAAACUUGCCCUACAGGCGCACUCUGCGCCGUUGGACGCCGUCUUCGACAAGAACUACACCAACUUGUACGUGACAUACCAUGGAUCAUGGAACCGCGUACCAUCAACAGGGUUCAAGGUGGUUGAAGUACCAUUCGUGAAAGGGGCAAGUGGGUUCACCCCAAAGACUGCGAUUGCGCAAAGCAAUGUCACGGGCUACACAGACAUCCUGUGGAAUCCAGAAGUGGAGCAUUGCUCAGCCACGCAGUGCUUCAGACCCGUUUCAAUUGCAAAGGACAAUUUUGAGCGCAUGUAUAUCACGAGUGACAGCGGGACAGAAGGCGAACUGCUCAUGUUGGGCAGAGCGUAG